AUGGAUAGCACUUGUGCGGAGUCUCCAGAGGGUUCGACUGAGAGCCGAUGGCGCUUGGGUUCGCGGCGAAGGGAGACGUUGGCGAAUGCAGUUGGAGAGAUAGUGGCUGUUAAGGCUGCGUUUAGGCAUUUUAGCACGCUGGCUGCGCUCUGUGCCAGAGGAAGUGUACACUACCCGUUCGGAGUUUCCCUCAUUGUUGAUGCUGCUAUCGUCGUAGUCGUCGUCAUCCAUGCUGGGGAGCUCGGUGUGAAAAUUGCGUCCGUAAGGUUCACCGAACGAGUCUGGUUCAAUACUAGGCCCUUACCUAGCAGCUUUAGCUUCCUGCGGAUCUCUUCAUCUGGCUCUUCUAAAUCUUCUGGAGGCUCAAAUGGCAUAUCUCCGUCGUCUGCCUUUGGCUCCUCACUACCCGAUGCAUGUUCGCCUCCAGCUCCUGCUCUCGCAGCUCGCACGGAAGCGAGUGGGAGCGCGGCGAAAGGCGAUAGAAGGCGUGCUGGAGGUCCGAGACCUGAAGGUACCGUUUAUUCGCUUGCGGCGGCGAAUUCGUCGAGAGUCGACCAGCGGGAUAUCUGUGAAGGCUUCUCAAGGAGUCCGUGGCUUGGGGACAACAUGCUCCGGUUCGGCAACCAGUGCCGGCGUGCGCUUUCCGUAUCUACGGAGGGACGCUGCGAAAGGAGAGGCCGCACAAAGGCGCCGAUUUCUGGCGAGGAAGGCAUGGGGCAGCUUCGGAAGGAUCCAUGGACAGCAUACUGCUGUCAAUGA